UCUUCUCAUAUAGUUCUCUCAUCUUCUCUCUUCCUUUGCUCAGGACACAUCGGCUCUCUCCCUUCUCUGUUUCUUCCGAAGAGGGAGAGAGAAAACACACGUUUCUUUGCUCUACGUAUAGCUUCUCUUGUUUGGUUCUUAUGGUAAUGUGGGUUUGAUCACUUGUCUUAACGUUCUUGGCUCUAUGGAUUCUUCUGGUUAUGGAGCUGGAGGUGACUCAUCUAAAUCCAGUGGAAUGAGUGUUGAAGAGAAGAUACAUCUUGUCUACGAACUAUCAACGCAACCACAUCUAGCCACCGAAGUGUUGCAAGCAUGGAGCCGCAAAGACAUUCUACAGAUCCUCUGCGCAGAAAUGGGAAAAGAAAGAAAGUACACCGGCUUGACCAAAGUCAAACUCAUAGAGACUCUUCUAAAAACUAUAUCCAAGAAAAACUCCGGAGAGCAUGAUGGGAACAAGAGAGGUUCUUCUGAUUCUUUGCCUCUUCAUAGAAACUCAAAGAGGCCGAGGAAGGUUGAUAACCCAACUCGUUAUGUUGUUCCAACCAUCAACAACAACGCCUCAUGGAGCUGCAACAAUUUGGCUUGCAGGGCUGUAAUGAGACAGGAAGACUCCUUUUGCAGAAGGUGUUCUUGUUGCAUCUGUCUUAAGUAUGAUGAUAAUAAAGAUCCUAGUCUCUGGUUAACGUGCAGCUCUGAUCCUCCGUUUGAAGGUGAAUCUUGCGGAUUCUCUUGUCAUCUUGAAUGUGCUUUCAAGAGUGAUAAGUCUGGUCUUGCAAGAGACAAGGAAGGUGAAGAGAGUUGCUGCUGCUUCUACUGCGUCUCUUGUGGUAAACCAAACAGCUUGCUUGAGUGUUGGAAGAAGCAACUGACCAUUGCUAAAGAAACCAGAAGAGUAGACGUUCUUUGCUACCGUCUUUUACUAGUCCAGAAGCUUAUAAAGGGAUCCACUAAGUUCUCAAACGUCUGUGAGGUGGUGGAUGAAGCUGUGAAGAGUCUUGAAGCUGACGUGGGUCCUCUCUCUGGUCUCCCUAUGAAAAUGGGUAGAGGGAUUGUCAACAGACUAGGAUCUGGACCUGAUGUGCAGAAGCUUUGCUCUUAUGCUCUUGAUUCUCUUCAACCACUUGAAACUAAACCUUCUUAUGGUUUGAGCAAUGAGGUGUCUGUAGAUACACCAACCAAGAUCAGAUUCGAGGACGUUAAUGCCACUUCACUCACUGUGAUUCUAGCCUCUAAUGAUCUCACCUCACCUGCAAACAUUGUUCAUUACAGUAUCUGGCAUCGUAAGGUCACUGAGAAAGAGUAUCAGGAGAAGUCUACUUGCACGUUGUUCACUCCAAACGCUAGAUUCGUUGUCUCUGGCCUAGCUCCAGCGUCUGAGUAUUGCUUCAAAGUUGUGUCAUUCAGCGGAACUAGAGAAGUGGGAGUGGAUGAGAUCAAUGUCUUGACUCGUAGUAGUCCUGAAGAAGUAGUUGAAAGAAGCGAAAGCCCUCUAACAAACUGCAGCACGUUGUCUUCUAACCCUUCCUCCGUUGAAGCUGAGUCCAACAACGUUUACAUUGCUCCUCAGAAUCACAACAAACAAGAUUCUAACGUUGUUGUGGAGACUGAGAAGAACGUUGAAGGGAGUGUGUUGUUGGAUGAGGAACAACAAGAAGCUGCUGUUCCGGUUACUACGACAACUCUUGUCAGUAACAGAAACAGUUCAGAUGCUAGUUUGCCUAUCACUCCCUUCAGGUCAGACCAAACCAAGAACCGUCAAGCUAGAAACGGGAAGUCAGUUAAAGAAAACGGUGAUCAUCACUCAGCAAACGGAGGAUCAGAGAGUGGUUUUAAGCAUUGUGUGAGUGUUAUAAGACAGCUUGAGUCUUUAGGACACAUUGAGAAAGAGUUCAGACAGAAGUUUCUGACUUGGUAUGGUUUAAGAGCGACGCCACAAGAGAUCAGAAUUGUGAAGAUAUUCAUUGAUACUUUUGCUGAUGAUCCUGUGGAUUUAGCUGAGCAGCUUGUUCAUACUUUCAACGACCGCGUUUUGGCUAACCGUUGUUCUGCGGUUGGGGAUGGUGCGUCUGCGGUUGUCAAGUCUGGAUUCUGCAUGAAGUUGUGGCACUAGUGAUGUGCGUCUGCGUUCUGUUUAUUUUAUGUUUUCUCAAAUCAUUUUCAAGACUGUAUUUAUUUUUAAUGGGAAGUUUGCAUUAUUGGAACAUUUCCAUGCAAGGAAAGUACUAUUGGUAUCAAAUAGUUUUUUUUUUAAUGUUGGGAUUAUUUAUUUUAGUGGAUUUUAAAUCCAGUUAUAAAUAGUACUAUCCUGAA